GCAGCGUUUUGACUUGUCGGGGGAAACCUGCUGGGAGAUGCUGCCGCUGCUGCUGCUCUAGUUGCUUCUGAGUUGAGCGAAGGAAUUCUCCGGCUGAGGGUUGCUCUCCGUCUCUCCCUCUCUCUCCACCCAGAUUUAGGGGCAACUGGAUCAUCCAGGGACCUGUUUUCCUUUCUUGCCAUAACAGUGCCAUGGUGCCUGGAUUGCACGGCAGCCUCUUCCUUGUUUUAUACCUGACAUCAUGUCAGGUAUCUCUCGCUUCCCAGAACUGCAUGAACAAGCAGCAGCUUCUGGCUACUAUCCGCCAAAUGCAGCAAUUUCUUAAGGGGCAGGAAACCCGAUUUGUAGAAGGAAUACGUGUCAUGAAAAACCGACUAACAACACUGCAAAACACAGUGAUUAAAGUCACGCCAGAGCCAGAAACCGUGUCCUGCCCUGUCCUGGAUGCCCCACAGAAUGGCAAACGAUUUGGCACUAAAAACAUGGUGGACCACGAAGUCCACUUCACCUGUGAUCCUGGGUUUCAGCUGAUUGGUUCCAGUUCUCGGGUGUGUCAACCAAAUGGCAGCUGGACUGGAGAAGUUCCUUAUUGCAAAGAUGUUAGUGAAUGUGCACUUCAUCUCUGCCAGAACGGGGGAACGUGUAUUAAUGGAGGUGAAGGGUACAAAUGUGCUUGUCCACAAGAGUGGACUGGGCCCAAUUGCCAGUAUCAAACACAGACAGUGCCACCAGCAUGGAGUGUAGCAGAUGACCCAGCUUUCAGUCGCAAGCCACGCUGUGCCAAAUUUGAUAGAAUGCAGCACUGCAGCUGUGAAGCAGGUUUCCAUAUGAGUGGCACAUCUGAAAACAGCAUCUGUCAGGAUGUGAAUGAAUGUGAAGUUUACAAGCAGGAGGGAGCCCCUCGGCUCUGUAUGUACGCCUGCAUCAACACUCCUGGCUCGUAUCACUGUUCCUGCCCCAGUGGAUACAGGAUCUUCAGUGAUGGCAAAAGUUGUGAAGAUAUUGAUGAAUGUGUGCUUCUGUUGCACAACUGUACUGGGGGAACAACAUGUAUUAACACAGGAGGGGGCUUUCAGUGUGUUAAUCCAGAAUGUCCCAAGUCCAAUGGAGACAUCAGCUAUGUGAAAACAUCACCAUUUCAGUGUGAACGGAACCCAUGUCCGAUGGACAGCAGGUCAUGCCUCCAGGCCCCCAAGACCGUCUCCUUCCAUUAUCUCCCUCUGCCAUCCAACCUCAUCACUCCCACACCUCUCUUCCGGAUGGCCACUGCCUCAGCUCCUGGACGGCCAGGUCCUGACAGCCUGCGGUUUGGGAUCGUGGGAGGAAAUAGCCGAGGACAUUUUGUGAUGCAGCGCUCUGACCGGCAGACUGGAGAACUCAUCCUUGUGCAAAGCCUACCAGGGCCUCAGACCGUCCAGGUGGAGGUGGAUAUGACGGAAUAUCUGGGACGCACCUUCCAGGCCAAGCAUGUUUCAAAGAUCACUGUCUUUGUGUCGGCUUAUGAGUUUUAAGAGAAGCCAGUUACACAAGAACGAUGAUAAGUAGAGUAUUAAAGGGUUACUUUUUGCAGUACAACUGACAGCCUCCUGCCUAGCAUGGUUUCUGGGGAUUCUGGGAAUUGUAGUCCAAAAAAAGUAACUUCCCCAAAGUUUGAAAAUAAGUAACUCACAACUGUUCCUGUUUACAAGCAACUUUUUGUUUCAUUUCAUUGUCUGCUCCUGUAAUCUGUACCAUAAUAUCUGGGAGUGGCAUCAGGCAUCUGGAUAUUACAGGCCUGUGUUAAAAACAGCCCUGCUGUAAAUGAUUUUAUUUCUUCUAUUUCUGCUCAUCAGAUUACAGCCUGGAAAUGCUAGUUUUUUAGAAUAUAAUACCCACAAUCUCUAGCUAGCACGGCCACUGGAUUCUGGGAGUUGUAGUUCAAACCAACAUCAUACCAAAGUUCUUCUUUAGAUUCCCUGGGCUCCUGGAAGGAGGUGAUAAUAUAACAGAAUUUGGUACUGGCUCCUAUUUUAGCCCCACCCACUUUAUCCACCUAUCUCUAACCUGUGCUUUGUUGGAUAAUACAGUGCACCGUACAGACAGACAGUCCGACCUUGACACAAGCUUUCUGGUCUACAACCAGGGCAAAAAUUCAAUAUAGGAAUAUAUCAUUUUUAACGGAAUAAUGUUUAAUGUGUUUCAGUGUAUAUAAGCAAUAGUUUCAGAGUUAUAUUGCUAGAGAGCACAUUCUGUCCAGCACUGGAUAUUGACUUAUGUUUGUACAUCUUCAUCAUCUUCAUCAUCAUUUUGCAAGCCAUCACGGUUCUUCCUUUCAACUCCUUCAGCAAUUUGUUUUGUUUCCACUAUACUGAAACUCAGGGCACUGUUACAUUGUGAAAAUAAAUCGAGAGGUGGAUUGGGGUUUUGAAAUCAGGUUAAAGUCACAUUGUAGUCACAUGUUAUUUGGGUUAGUGUGUGCAUCCUCUUGGGAAAACUUUAAUCCAUUUUCAAGCCAUGUUGUAUACUGGUUGAGGGGGCUACCUGGGCUUUUAAAAUUGUUGCAAUUGAGGUUUUCUCCUGUGCCUGCCUGCCCGCCCUCAUGCUGUCCACUGGCCAUUGCUGCUGUGGUGUUAUUUUUAAUAUAUUUUUAAAUUUUCUUUCAAACUUACAUAUCAAUAUGCCAGUAUUACAGAUGGGAAAACAAAAUAAAACAAAGGUUUCCUGCGGCCCCUGAAAGCCAGACAGAGGCUCUUCUUUCAGUAAAGUUUUAAAGUGACAACAGCCUUUAGGCCUUGAAAACAUCUGAGUGAGGGUGCCUGGGGUAGGGAGAGAGAGAGAGAAAGAGCUACACACAAAGGAGGAAGGGAGGCUCCCAGCACUGGCAAGAGGGAAGGCAAGAAAAACUGACAAAUUAUUGACAAAACCCAGGCUUGCGAUGAAAGGAGCACUAUUCCCCUAGCACUGGCUGCUGUUUUUUAAAACA